AUGUCUAGUAUUUCUAAACUUAAAUUUGUUGCCUUGGAUAUAUCGGGCAAAGGAUACUCGUCAUGGAUACUAGACGUUGAAAUCCAUCUGGAUGCGAUGGGUCUGGCAGACACCAUCAAAGAUAAUAACCAGGCAUCCAGCCAAGAUCGGGCUAAAGCUAUGAUAUUUCUGCGCCACCAUCUUAAUGAGGGGUUGAAAAUGCAAUAUCUCACUAUUAAAGACCCCCUUAUACUGUGGAAGAAUUUGAAAGAUAGUUAUGGCCACCUGAAGUUGGUCAUUCUUCUACAAGCACGUCAUGAUUGGUUUAAUUUGAGUCGGCUCGUUGGUUCUAUGCCACUCCCUGAAAAGAAUCAGGCAAAUUAUCACCAACGAGAAAGAGGUCGUGGCUUCGAUCAUGGUCGUGGCCCCGAUCGUGGUCAUGGCCCCGAUCGUGGUCGUGGCCGUAAAAUGAAUUAUAAUCAUGAUGAUCGUCUUGCACCAAAAAAUGACCAGCAAUAUAAAAGGAAUGGUGAAAAACAAGAAGCGAUGCAAAAGAAAAAUUUAGAAAGUGUAUGUCAAAGAUGUGGAGGAAUGGGGCAUUGGUCACGUACCUAUCGAUUAUCUAAACGCCUUGUUCAGCUCUAUCAGGUGUCCUUAAAAAAAGGUGAUAAUAAUAAUCCAGAAGCAAACUUUAUCUCCAAAGAUAAUGUUGAGCCCAUACAUAAGAUUUAUAAUAAUGCAGAAGCAAAUUUCAUCUCUGAAGAUAAUGUUGAGCCUAUGCAUCUGGAUGUAGCUGAUUUCUUUGUAUUCCCUGAAGGAAAAACGAUCAGUGACGAGCCCGCUAUAAUCUAG